AGUAGAUAUCGAUACUCGUUCUCUGCUGAGCCGCACAUUUGUUGUCGCGUUGUAAAAGGCUGCGGAACCCAGUUAUUUGUGCAGUAGGGACAGUGAAAAAUGUUGUAAUAUUACCACGAUAGCACGGCCAGUGAUCUGUUCGAAAAUAAGGAAGCUGAGUGUUAUUCCCUCUCUGUCUGGCACACGCAACUAUGCCUGCGCCUUGCUAUUUGAAUAGUUGAUGUUGCAACUGGCGUAGAGUGAUCGAGUGGCCAUCAUGUCGGACAAGAUCAGCACAUCCUUGGCAGCCCAACUGCACUCCCAUGCCCUGGCAUCGGCGGAAGGUGGUGCUGGAGUGAAUGGUGGUGCUCCUGUGUGCCAUGCCAGCACUGAGAAGGACAUCCAGGCUCCCCUCCAGUUCGAAAUGGAUGCCCCGGCUGCUGUGAUCGGCGCCCAGUUGAACUUUAAAAUCGUGCCCGCCGACAGUUUGCCCGGGCUGAGCCACCAGGACAUGUUCGCCUCUAUGAAUACAUCACAAAUCUCCAAUGCCUCCACGGAGUCCAGCUGCAGUCCGCUUAUCCAGGGCAUGGUACCGCCUCCAAAACCCAGUCGACAUAUGGCUGUGCAGCCGCUGAAUAGCAAGUCCUGCCGAUUUCCCAAGCUUGAAGAGUGCGCUCACUUCCACUAUGAACGGGUCCAGCUGGGCCCGCUAUCCGUGCAACUUUUGGAUGACAAAUCGGAGCACAUGGGCAGUAGUAUUGCCUCUCAGUCGAUCGGCGGCGAUCUUCCGCACAGCUCUCUGCGCAGCUUUUCCCCGGAGAGCUGCUGGUUCAUCAUCCGCGUGUGCCCACAGCGCUGCGAACCGUUCCUGAUCAAGCGCAGUUUCGAGAAUAUGCAGCUUCUGGACGAGAUGCUCCAUCGGUGCGUGUAUGAUCGCAAGAUAAGUGGAUUGCGCAACAUGGAGGAGUUGGCAGCCGAACUUCCAAGCGAGUCGGAUGUGGAGUAUGCGGUCGCCAAGUACCUGGAGCGUUUUUCGAAGAUCGCCUCCGAUUCGCUGACCUGCGGCACCAUUCUCACCUGGCUGCAGUUGGACAAUAAGGGGAGGCGACUUCCCUUGGCGGAUGGUGAGACACAAAGGACGAUCAAUACCCCGGCGGUGGGUGCCGCCUACGGAGUGAGGCGUUAUCAGGCACAAGCUCCCGAUGAGAUCAACAUCGAGGUGGGCGACAUGAUCUCCGUGAUCGAUAUGCCCAGUCCGGCGGAGUCGGUUUGGUGGCGCGGCAAGAAGUCCCACCUGCAGAAGUCCCUUUAUGAGGUGGGCUUUUUCCCCCAAUCCUGUGUGGCCACCAUCGGCGAUAAGGUGCCCAGGAAUUUUCCAAUGCCAGCUCCACUCGUCGGCCACCUGGAUGCUUCCCCCACCAAGCCGGUGCUGCGUAAGCACGGCAAGCUGAUCGCCUUCUUCCGCUCCUUCAUACUGUCGCGACCAUCUCGUCGUCGCCUAAAACAGAGCGGCAUCUACCGUGAGCGCGUCUUUAACUGUGACCUGUCCGAGCACCUGCUCAACAGCGGCCAGGACAUUCCCAUGGUUCUCCGCUCCUGUGCGGAGUUUAUCGAGAACUAUGGCGUUAUCGACGGCAUUUACCGGCUCUCUGGCAUCACCUCUAACAUCCAGCGGCUGAGGCGUGCCUUUGACGAGGAGCGAGUACCGGAUUUGGGUAACCCCGAGAUGAAGCAGGAUAUCCAUGCGGUCAGCUCGCUGCUCAAGAUGUACUUCCGUGAGCUUCCAAAUCCUUUGUGCACCUACCAGCUGUACGACAACUUUGUGGAGGCCAUCCAAGUGAAGGCCGACGAGGCGGACGAGCGGCUGCGACUCAUGAAGGAGACGGUCCUUAAGCUUCCACCUCCGCACUAUCGAACACUUAAAUAUCUGGCCGAGCACUUGUAUAAGGUGUCGCAGCACCACGAGCGUACUGGAAUGACGGAUAAGAAUCUGGCCAUUGUGUGGGCACCGAAUCUACUACGUUCGCCCGCCCUCGAGUCAGGGGGCGUGGCCGCCCUGCGAGGAGUGGGCGUUCAAGCGGUGGUCACAGAGUACCUGAUACGGAAUUGCCAUAACAUCUUCGAUGCUCUGGAGGAUCACCCGGCGCGUCAGUGCAUGGUGACAAGUGCUGCUGCUGCUGCUUCCAAUGCGCCGGGUGGAGAGCUACGUUUGGAGUCACUCACAGAUUGCGAAAGUCUUCUGGUGGAACAGCGGGAGCAGGAUCAAUCUUUGGGCAUGGUGGAGCGUCCGAAGAGCCUGAGCACCGGUGGAGCCAAGUUGAUAAGCCUGGAAGAGGCGCAAGAACGACACUCGCGGGUCGAGGGCGGUGAUCUCAAACAGUCUCUGCCUAUUAGCAUGCUGACGAGUGCAAGUAGCAAUGCGGCCAGCAACAUUGGAUCUUAUAUCGAAGUGGGCGGUGGUCCGUCUAGUUUGCCGGAUAAAUACCACACCGUACUUUCGGCACCACGCAGCUGGCAAAAGCGAAAACCGGACAAGACCCCCUCCUGGAAGUCGAUAUUCACCCGCAGUCAGCGGCAGGGCAACCCGGAUCCUGGCCAGAAAAUCACGACCGAUGCCAAGGAUUCCGUUGCUUCCCGGGUAAGCUUUGUGCAGGCUUCGCAUGCGCAUGCCAGCAAGGAACUGACGAAGCACGACAAACCCAAAUCUAUUGAACUGCUAGAGACAACAAACAAUGAACGCGAUCCGAAACCGAUGGAUCUGUGCAUACGCUCCAAUUCGAUUGAUAGCCUACGCACGGUGGGACAUUCGAGGAGCGUUUCGCAUGACUCCUACUUCGAUCUGUUGCAGUCGCCGCAACGGGGUCACAUGACCACCUGUCCGUCGCGCGAGCUCUCCGAAUUGGGACUGAAUUUCGACCGUGAGGAGCCGGAAAUGCGCAUCUUCUCGGAGAGCGAGUCCUUGGUCAGCUCCCCGCGGGUGGGCAAGGAGAAUGUACCGCCUGCCUCUGGAUGUGCCACCCGUCGCAUAAUGCGCGCCCGUCCUGAGGAGUUCUCCAGUCAGACGAACAGCGUUAAUCCCAGUCCCAAGAAGCAACCACGUCUCAAUCUACUGUCUCCCAGUGCAGCCAGGACCAUGCCGCCACUACCUUCUCCAGCGGCUGCAGCUGCAUCAUCCACCUCCUGUGGCCACGAAUCCGCUGGAGCAGAGAACUGUUGCAAGCGCUACAAGUUGGAGGAUCAGUUGUGCGACAUUCAGUUCAUUGACUGCGGCACUCCGGAAAAUGUGCCCACUGCACAGCAACAGUUCGCCAGUGUCGAAGUGCAUCCGCCGCCAAAGCCGGCGCGGGCAGCCCAAUCCCCCAUUUCGCCAUCGAAGGGUGCACCUGGUGGAUCCUCCUCCUCCUCGUUGACCCGCUACAGCUAUCCGUCGGUGCAGCUGGGGGCCAAGCGGAAGGAGCAGCAGGCUGCCAAGGAGCGAUUUAGCUAUCAGGGCACCUUCACGCAGCCGGGACAGAAGCAGGAACCACCUGCUCCGAGAUCAGUGCAUACCAACAAUACCGCACUUCUAAGGAAACCACGAGUGGAACUUCUGGAUGAUGGCCAGACCAAGCUCGCUGUGCCCACGCCCACAACUCCUGCCCGCAGUCCUCGUUACUCCUUGCUGUUAUGUGACACCGAAAGCUCCGAGAACAGUUCGGCGGUCAACACGCCGCAGUACGACAUGGAGCCCCUCAUGCUGACCUCGGCCAUGUCCGGCGUAUCCGGAGUUUCAUCAAACAUGCAGCAGCAGCUGCUUUUGGGUCUGGAUGCGGCCAGCAGUUAUCUGGGCAGCUCGCACGAGAGUCUGGGCCAACACUUCAACAACCUUCAGGAUGCUGAGCAACGUGAUAUGAAUGCUCUAAAGCGGGAGCUAUCUUUAGACCUUCAACCAAUGCAGCCACGAUUGCCACAGCCGGCGAAUCGAGCUGCCACAUUGCCAGUGAAGGAACAACUGCAGGCAGCGGCGGCGGCGGCCAUGUGCUCCUCCCCCAACAACUCCAAUUUCACGGACAAUACUAGUCAGUCGGUGACGCCCAGCGAGUUUGGGUACCAGCAUUUGCAGCGGCAACUGAGCAUGCACUCACUGCUGGCCACCGAUGAUAGUUCGCCGGUAUACGAGGAUUUUGAACAGACUCCCGUCAAGAUGGUGGCCACCAGCCCGAUCAAGUCAACCAUUAGCAUAACGUACAAGUCCCCGGAAAAGGAGAAGAAACCUUCGGCACUUUUGGAGACAAAUUUCGAUGAAAACAUUGUCUAUGAGCAGGUGAAGCUGUUCCGCAACUCGGUUACCGAAGUGAAUCAAAUGCUGCAUGAGCGGUCCAGCCUAAAAAAGAUAGCUGAGGAGGAGCAGCAGGAUGGGUGUGCCUUUAAGGCUGCGGAGAUGACCCAGCAACUGCUGCAGCUAGAACAGGAACACCAGGAGCAGGAGCAGGAGGCGGAAGAGCCGGAGGACGAAGAGCAGUCCCAGUUGCUCUACGAAAACAUCGAGCUGCGCAAACCGAAAACAGUUUACGAAAACCUACGUGGCGAGGAGAUGAAAUUCAACAUAGAAGAACAAAAGCCUAGUAGUGAUAGAAUCGAACUCGAUAGUCUAGACAGUUUGCCGGACAACAUGGAGCACGAGCAGUCCUCACCCAGCAAGUCGCCCUCAUUCAGUGUCAAGGAGUUGGCCAACAAAUUCGAGAGCUCGCCGGUGGAGCAACUGCCCUGCUUCGAUUUUUCGGUGCGUGGUGGUUCCAUGAAGAAGCCCAAUGAGCUGAGCGUGCCCAAGGCCAUGCCAGCACCAGUGCCGCUAAAGAAACUGAGCAGCAGUGCCCAGAAGAUAACGCGGUCGCUGGAUGAAAACGCGUUUGUUCGGGAGUUCGGGGGUAAGCAGCUGCAAGAUCUGUCGGCUUCGGGCAAGCUGCCUGAGGUUAUGCCAGAGCUCAACAGCAGGCGCAAGAGCUUCGACUUUACGCGACCCAAAACCCUGAAUCCACCAAAGCGUUUGCCGGGUAUGAGCAUCACCGAGGAGAUCUGCCAGAAGCGCGGAGGAGAACCGGAGCCCAUCACUCCCACCACCGAGAAUCGCAUUUCGCUUAUUCAGCAGAAUAAUAUGCCUAAGGAUCAGCAGACGGCCGCUAAUCAGUUCCUGCCUCCGGCGGGACGCAAGAGCGUGCUAACCGGUGUGAUCCUGGAUCGCGAACGCAUCGACAAGAUUAAGGAGGAAAGGCGUCAGCAGUUGACGCAGAAGUACUACGGCGACACUCUCAAAUCUCGCUCGCGCACGGAACUCAAUGCGGAGGACAACUUUCAGGCAGCCGAAUCUCUGCGCAUCAAGUCGAAGUCCCGCGGCGAUAUGCACACCCUGCAAAAGGACAUGGACAUGAAUCUGAGGCAGUUGACCCGAGAGCCUGCGGGUGGAUCGGAGAGCACCCUCCACAUGGGCUUGAGCCAGGGUAAUGGACAAGAACAACUGGGACAGCAGCGGGUGCGGCGCAUUUCGGACGAGAAAAAUCAAAAUUGUGAUACCAGUAAUGGUGGCGUGAGUGGAAUAACAUCCACUUCGCUCCUCAGCGUCAAGACGGCGGCCCAGAAAUAUGGAAGCACCAGCAAGGCACCAGCGAAUAAGUUUGAACGUGGCCAGCCGAUGCCACGCGAGCGUUUGCAGCGGAACUCGUUGGCCGAGAGCAAUAUAGGCACCAACAACAGAGAAAAGAUCUCACCACAAUUCUCAAUACGCGACGUGACAGCGAUGUUCGAAUCUCGUUCACAAAACCAAUAGGCUAAGGCAACUUUAGCAACUAAUUACAUCGAAAUAUUGAGACCGCUACCUACAUAUAAUCACAGUACUGGCGCAACAGCAUAUAUAUGCAUAUAAGAGCAUAUAUAUUUUAUUUAGUUUUUAAACAUUCACUUAAGCGCAUCCAAAUUCUCGAAAGUGUUAUUGAUAUUUACGGCGCAAGCGGCUCCAAAGACAUUCAGAUUUACAACGCCGCGCUUGAUUGCAACAUUUAUAAUGAUACUGAUAAUCAUAAUGACGACGCUUUGCGCCUUGAAUCAUAUGCAAAAUUCAAUUUUGUUUUGAAGAAGCAUGAAGAGAGUUUAACUAAAAGACCAUCAUCAUCACACCCCGAAAGUCCUUCGAUCCUAAACAAUGCAUAUUGUUAUUGCAUUUUAGGCGUUUCUUUACUUAGGUGUUAAGUUUCAUUCGUUUAACCUUAAAAGAAAAAACAGUGAAUUCAGAAUAUUUGAAUUUAAUUUUGGUUUGUUUUUGCGUGAUUUGUGUCUCGAAUGUUUUUAUUUUCUUGUUUUGCGACUAAAUUGUGACCCGAAUGUAUCGGAAUGAAUCGUUUUCUUAAUUUAAAAUUAAAGCAUUUUCAACAACUUAAACAAGUUGUUCUAAGUUAAUUAUUAUACGAUUAAUUUAUAUAUAUUUUUUAAAACAAUAAACUCAAUUGCAUUGUCA